AUGGUGGGCUGGGGGAUCCCAGCCUUGAGCCUCUUCCUGCUGAUGCAGGGCUCAGUAGAUGGGAAUGGAAUCCAGGGAUUCUUCUAUCCAUGGAGCUGUGAGGGAGACGCGUGGAACCGGGAGAGCUGUGGGGGUCAGGCGGCCAUCGAGAACCCCAAUCUGUGUCUGCGUCUGCGAUGCUGCUACCGAGAUGGCAUCUGCUACCACCAGCGGCCGGACGAGAACAUGCGGCUGAAGCACCUGUGGGCGCUGAGCUGGACGUGCGCGGGGCUGCUAUUUGUCAUCUUCAGCGUCUUCCUGUACUGGUGGGUCAAGAGCCAGGACCUGCUGCACUUCUCGGGCUUCAGGCAAUCCAAGCCGCGCUCCACGCCCUCCACCUCUCAGAGCUCCCAGGCGAGGAAGAAGUCCUCGGGCAGCCAGUCCGCCGCCAGCCAGCCUUUGAAGGGCGCCCUGGAGGCCUCGGGGACCGAAGCGGAAGAAACAGGAGGGGAGGAGGACUAG